AGCUCUCAAUCAAAUAGAGACCCCUGAGGCUGUUGUUGAAAGAAAUGCGACAGUUGCGUUUAGCGAUUUCAUUGCUCCAUUACAGUCCCAUAUCAUAUCUGCCGACACCACUGCACCUUUCGAAGAAAUCAUCGAGCCACAUGACACAACAACUGCAACACUCACACGAACAACCAAACAAGCACAACACAAAGCAACACAACAAGAACACGAAGAAGAAAAAUCAGCAACAGAAACAUCAACAAGAACACUACACUUACAAAACCAAUGUGAAACACAGAGUGCGGAAGAAACGUGUAUAAACUUGACAAUAACUAAAACGAAAAAGAAAGAAAACAUUCAACAAGAAGUCACAGUCAAGGAGCUUCCAGAGGAAGUCAAGGUGACUGAAAUCAUCACUGAGGAAGGCAAGCCCAAGAAGCAGAUCACCAAGAAACGUGUCAUCAAGAAAAAGACCGGAAAGAAGGAACAAGUUACGGAGAUCGUCACUGUUCAAGAAGACGACCAGCUACCACAGACGACUGUGAC